AUGCAGAGGCCAGCUGACAAAAACAACUACGUCUCAUCGCCGAACCGUUCAGCACCUCCUGAACGGAAACCCAUUCAUUUUCCGGAAGUCGAAUUAAAGGAACGCUCAUCGAAAAGUCUAUUAGCCAAUGUUUUAGAUAUAGAUGAUGAUUUUAGGCAUAAUUACAGAGGAGGGGGCACUCCCACACCACUUCAACCUACGACAUUUUUCAGAACUGUUUACAGGUGCAAAUGUUCUCCUGAAGAAUCUGAUUCCAAAGGUGAAGAAGAAGGUAAGGAAGACUGUCUCCCUUUUAUUCAAGAAAUCUUGGUAGAUAUAAUAUAUGUAUCUGUUGAAAGGGCAGAAAAAGACAAUUUAACUAAAACAGGGGAAAUCCGCAAACCAAAGAAAUUUAAGGAGAGCUUAGAAAUGAAAAAAAAAAGAAAAUUAAUAGCUAUUAUUGCUAGGCAUGGUGUAAAACCAUCUUGUAUCUCUUGCAAGAGAUGUUCCGAAAAAAAUACAGAAGCGAGACGAACAGAAAUAAAUGGAGAAUUUUGGAAAUUGCAAAAAGAGGAAAAGAAAAAUUUUAUUUUUAAUAACGCAUCUGACCAAGUAACCAAACAGAAAACGGAAAACACAGCUAGUGUUGUGUCUAGAAGGUCGAAAAGUUUUUUAUAUGUUCUUAAAGACAAUGACGGAUGCAAACAAAGAGUCUGCAAAAUAUUUUUUUAUGAAACGCUGGGAUACGAAAAAAAUUACAGUUAUUGGAGAUGCCCUUACUAA